AUGCAAUUGUUUGACAUAUUUGAUCAAGAGAAGGUCAUUAGACUGAAUGUUUAUAGUGUUCAAGAGAGUGAGCCUGACCAAAGAAGCCGUAAUUAUAAGAUUAAUGGGUUUGAACAAGAAGUUAUUGGUAGAGCCUCUCAACAAAGAAGGCAAAUACAUGAAAGGCAGGAUUCUACUGUUUUUAAACAACAAAGUGGGCCUAACAGUAGUAGGAUGGCAAAGAAUACUGUCAAGAGGGGUGGUGCUACAGGUCCAAGUGCUUCAGGUACGGCAUCUACAAGUAUUGCUGGUUCUAAUGACCCAAGUAAACUUGUGGAAUUGAUUGAUACAUCUGAUGAUGAUCAAUGGGCAAUCGAAAGUGAUGAUGAGUUUGAACUAGAUAGUGAGAAGGAUGAUUCUUCAGAUGAAGGUGAUAUAGAAGCUGAAGAAAGAGAAGGGGAUUCAGGUUAUGAAGGGAAGAUGUUUCAGAAUAUGAUUCUGAUGAUGAAAAAGAGAAACAAAAGGCUAUGGAAAUGGAUGUCAUUUCAGAUUAUGAUUCGGAUGAGUUUCAUGCACCAUUUUCAAGAGGAGGAGGGUAAUGUUGAAGGUAAGGUUGAGUUGGCAAAAUGGAUGGAAGUUGAAAAUGUGGAUCAAUUUAGAAGUGUACUAAAAAACUAUUCAAUUCAAGAGGGGUUUGAGAUGUAUAAAAUAAGAAAUGAGAGGACUAGGGUUACUGCUAUUUGUGCAACUGAUGGUUGCCCUUGGAGAAUACAUGCUUCACCCUUGGCAGAUGGUCUCACUUUUGGGGUGAAAUCAUAUACACCCAAGCAUACAUGCAAAAGAUGGUCAACAAAUAACAUGGCUACAUCUAGGUGGAUAGCCAGUAAACUUGCUCCACAACUGAAAGCAGACGCUAGCAUGUCAAUUAAAAGCAUGGAGGUAGUCAUGAAUGCACAAUAUCAGCUUGUACCAAGUAAGCAGCAGCUGUAUAGGGCAAGGAUGAUUGCUAAGGAAGCGAUAGAAGGCAAACAUUCGAAUUCAUUUGCACAGUUGCCAUCAUAUGGUGAAUUGGUUAGACAGUAUAACCCAAGCACCAUGUUUAACCUUCAAUUCAAGAGACUGUUUGUUUGCUUUAAAGCUUGUACGAAUGGAUUUUUACUAGGUUGCAGGGCAUUUAUAGGAUUAGAUGGCUGCCAUCUCAAAGGAAUGUAUGAUGGGGUGUUUUUGUCAGCAAUUGCUUUGGAUGGAAACAAUGGUUUAUUUCCUAUUGCAUUGGGGGUGGUAGAAGCUGAAUGCAAAGACAGUUGGUUAUGGUUUCUUGAUAGCUUAUAUAUUGCUCUACACUCAACUGCAGAUCAUAUACCCCACCUUACAUUUAUGUCAGAUAAACAAAAAGGUCUGAUGGAUGCAAUUGCAAUAAAAUUCCCUGGAUACAGUGUGAGGCAUUGUUCUAGGCACCUCUAUCAGGACUUUAAGACUGCUUUUCCUGGAACAUUAUUAAGAAAUAUUUUUUGGACUGCAUCCAAAGCAUACAGAUUUGAUCAGUUUCAGAAGGCAAUGAAUGAUAUGAAGGAUUUACACCCGGAAGCUCAUGAAUGGUUGGUGAAAAAUCCACCAAGUACCUGGUCAAGACAUGCAUUCGACUUUGGAGUAAAGAGUGAUCAUGUCACAAAUAACAUGACCGAGUCUUUCAAUCAAUGGAUUGCAUCCUUGAGAGACAAGCCAAUUGUAAUUCUGAUUGACCAAAUGAGAGUGCAAAUGAUGACUAAGUUUCAGCAGAGAUAUGCUAGUGGUUGCAAUUAUCAAGGGAAAAUCACACCAAAUAUAAAUAAGUUAGAUUCAAUCUCAAAUGCUGGAAGGUCAUGCACUGGAUACGGUGCAGGUUUAUAUGAGUUUGAGGUCAAUGAUGGUGUUUCCACAGUUGUAGUGAAUUUGAUUGACCGGACUUGUUCUUGUAGAGUAUGGGAAUAA